GCUCUCCUCUCCUCUUUCCCCUACACACCAGACACAUCCAGACCGCAGACAUGGCUCCGUAAAGGUGCACAUGGCGGCCAGCAGCCAUGAACCAAAAAACAACUCACCAAAAACGACAGAUGCAUCUCCGAUUUGAUUGAUUUUGGACCGACCAAUUUCCACAUCCGCUGCAAUAUUCUUCAGUCCGGUGUUCAGCAGUCGGGAGAGGAGGCUGCUCGCUUGCAACUCUGUCUCCAUUUUCUCCAGACAAUUUUACGUUUAUCCCGAAAUAACAAAUAUAAAAACAAACAAAAAACAAGUCAUGGGUGUGCAGGGUUUCCAGGAAUACAUUGAGAAGCAUUGCCCCAACGCCGUGGUGCCGGUGGAGCUCCAGAAGCUCGCCCGGGGGAGUCUGGUUGGCGGCGGCCGGCAGAGACCUCCUCAAACCCCGCUCCGGCUGCUGGUGGACGCCGAGAACUGCCUUCACCGGCUCUACGGCGGCUUUUACACCGACUGGGUGAGCGGAGGCCAGUGGAACCACAUGCUCGGGUACCUCGCCGCCCUCGCCAAAGCCUGUUUCAACGGCAACAUCGAGCUGGUAGUGUGCUUCAAUGGCGCCCUGGAGAAAGGCCGUCUCCACGAGUGGGUCAAGCGACAGGUGAACGAGAGGCAGACCGCCCAGCAGAUCGUCAGCCACGUCCAGAACAAGGGGACCCCGCCGCCCAAGGUCUGGUUCCUUCCCCCGGUGUGCAUGGCCCACUGCAUCCGCCUGGCGCUCCUCAGGUUCCACAUCGGGGUUGUCCAGACCAUCGAGGAUCAUCACCAGGAAGUGAUUGCCUUAUUUCGAGAGAAUGGCUUCCAUGGCCUGGUUGCCUAUGAUUCGGAUUACGCCCUGUGCAACAUCCCAUACUACUUCAGUGCCCAUGCCCUCAAACUCAGCCGCAACGGCAAAAGCCUCACUACCAGCCAAUACCUGAUGCACGAAGUUGCCAAGCAGCUUAAUCUCAAUCCAAAUCGUUUCGUCAUUUUUGCUUCACUUUUAGGUAAUCACAUACUGCCUGAUGAAGACUUGGCUGCCUUUCACUGGAGUUUACUUGGUCCUGAGCACCCUUUAGCAUCCUUGAAGGUUCGUGCCCAUCAGCUCGUUCUUCCUCCAUGUGAUGUCGUCAUCAGAGCAGUCGCAGAUUAUGUCCGAAACUUACAAGAUGUCCAUGAUCUGGAGGCUAUCGCUAAAGACAUAUUUAAGCACUCACAGUCCAGAACUGAUGACAAAGUUUUGCGUUUCAAGAAAGCAGUGGAUUAUUACAGCACCGCCAGCAAGCCUCCUCACUUCCCCGCCUAUUUAGUCAGACCAAAUCAAAUGGGAAUGCCAGCAGCAACUCAGAUGCUUAACAUUCCAGGCAAACCUGGGGUCCAGCAUGGCUUCUCCGGCCCUCCACUGGCGGGGUCUGUCCAUGAGCCGGAGCAGUCUAGUAAAGGGCUCUUAGAACAGAACAGCUACAGCAACAUUCCUAAUGACGGGAAGCAGCACACGCCACUCUACGAAAGACUGUCCCCCAUCAACCCCAAUCACAGCGCCACCUCCAAUCACACAGACCCGGCCUCCUGCACCACCUCGUCCACAUCCUCAUCCUCAGAGAACGAGGAAAACACCGGCUCCACUGCCAACCAUGUAAGUGACCAUAAGCGAUGGGACAAACAGAAGAACCAGAUGGACAACAUCCCAGAAGGAGACCAUGGGGACCAAAAUAAAUCUGAUCCUUCUGCGACCUCUCCCGUGAACCAAGGCCUGGAGGGCAAAGGUCACAUCGGGGUCAACGUCCAGAUUCCAUCCCUGCUUUCAAUGCCAACAAGAAACCACAUGGACAUCACCACUCCUCCUUUACCAGUGGUGGCGCCAGAGGUGCUGCGGGUCGCUGAGCACAGACAUAGAAAGGGCCUCAUGUAUCCAUACAUCUACCACGUUCUUACCAAGGGUGAGAUCAAAUUAUCGAUCACAAUUGAGGAUGAAGCUAACAAAGACCUGCCCUCUGCGGUGCAGCUUUACCGGCCUAUCCGUCAGUAUGUUUACGGGGUGCUCUUCAGCCUGGCCGAGGCCAAAAAGAGGGCAGAGAGACUGGCCAUGAGGAGAAAUCGCCUCCCUGAAUAUCCAGCAGUUAUCAUAAAAGAAUGGGCCGCUUACAAAGGCAAAUCACCACACACCCCUGAACUGGUGGAAGCUCUACCCUUCCGGGAGUGGACCUGCCCAAACCUGAAGAAACUCUGGCUGGGCAAAGCGGUGGAGGACAAGAACCGCAGGAUGAGGGCUUUCCUGGCCUGCAUGAGGUCUGACACUCCGGCAAUGCUGAACCCUGCCAACGUCCCCACACCUCUCAUGGUGCUGUGCUGCGUUCUGCGGUUUAUGUUACAAUGGCCAGGAGUAAGAAUUUUGCGUCGUAACGAACUUGACGCUUUCCUAGCUCAAGCACUUUCUCCUAAACUUUAUGAGCCUGACCAGCUGCAGGACCUGAAGAUUGAUAACCUGGAUCCACGCGGCGUUCAGCUGGCUGCUCUUUUUAUGAGCGGCGUGGAUAUGGCACUGUUUGCCAAUGACGUGUGCGGGCAGCCCAUUCCCUGGGAGCACUGCUGUCCGUGGAUGUAUUUUGAUGGAAAGCUGCUACAAAGUAAACUCAACCGGGCCAACAGGGACAAGGCCCCGCUCAUUGACCUCUGCGAUGGUCAGACUGAGCUAGUUGCCAAGGUGGAGAAGAUGCGUCAGAGUAUUCUGGAGGGUCUGAACUUCUCUCGCCCACCACAGCCCCUUGCCUUCCCUCCGCCACCUCCACAUGCAAUGCCUUUCUAUCCGCCAAACAGCACCUUCUACCCUCCACCGCCUCUGCCCCCGCUGCAGGGGAGAGGGAGAGGCAUGCCUGUUGGACUUCAGGCCAUUCCAUCACAGGGUGGUAAGCUUGAGAUUGCAGGCACAGUGGUGGGUCAGUGGGCUGGUAGUCGUCGUGGCAGAGGAAGAGCCCCAUUUCCCAUACAGGUGGUGUCAGUUGGUGGACCAACCAGAGGUCGUCCAAGAGGUGUGAUUUCUACUCCUGUUAUACGGACCUUUGGACGAGGAACCAGAUACCUUAGUAGAGGGUUCAAGAGUCAGGGAUCAUACCAGAGCAAGCCUGCAUAUGCUGCCUCAACCAAUGAAGUGAUAAAAGACCGAAAGAAGCCAAAGUUGGCAACCGACGCACCACAUCUGCCCUCAGAUGGCUCCACAGUGGCAGAAAAUGGCUUGGCGGAGGGUAAAGAUGCAGACCAGCUCAGUGGGAACCAAGGGGAAAGCAGGGCUCCAAACCAACCUGAAAGUGCCUUUAGCAACGAAUCUAAAAUGUGCAAUACUAAUCCUCAUUUAAAUGCACUAAAUGAAGACGGCGAGGGCCACAGAGAUGAAGCUCUGAGCGUCGCCGUCUUACAAGCAGAAGAGUAAACCUAUUUUUAUAGAGAGGGUGAUGGAAGGUGAAGCGUUAAGGAAUAUUUGGAAGGAUGGAAGGCCUACAGUUGGUGCACAUUUUUUCCUCUCUAAAGUGAUAAACGAGGACUUAGGAAUCUUUGAAAUCCCUCUUCGAUGUCAACGAGUUAAAACCACAAGCAAUGAUGAGGAAACCUCUCGGUAAAACAUAGAUAUACAAGUCAAAAAUAUUGGAGAAUCGUAGCAGUUUUAUGAUGAUGAUAGACUGUGUUCUCCCUCGUCGACGUUUCAGAAGUGGUUACAUGAAAUUAUUUCACUUUCGCGAUGAAAUAGAGAAACCGAAAUAACUAAUUUUCCUUUGCCAGUCUUUUAGUUUUAGAACGUUGAGGUUCAAGUACCAUAUAUAUAAAUAUUUGCCAUUGUAAUUGAGUUUGUAUCGUCACAGUAAAUGCUUUUAAUCUUAUGGUUUGAAAACGUAAAGCUCACGAUUUGAAAAAGAGAAGGCAUUUCUCACGUGUCAGCGUUGUGAGUUUACUCCUGUUUCAAAUGUGCGGUUGUUUUGACAUUGAGUAACUAGUGUUAUUACUGCACUACUGCAUCUUGCGUUCUGAUGAUUUCGAUGUCACACGUUAGCGGUUAAUGCGUCAAAGAAACGGUUUGAAAAACCUCACAAGCUCUUGAAAAGCACCGACGUCUCUUUUUCCGUGUCAGAAAACGCCAUGCAUCAGUGAUCAACGAUUAACGUGGUUUCUUGAAUCAACCGUAGCACAUUAGUACAACUGUCUCAGCUAAACUUUCUGCAUGGCUCACGAUUAAAAGUUUUAAACAAACAAAAUGGUGUGUAGUUAUGAUGCAUGUUGUCCUAUUUCUUCAUUACAAAUACUGUGCCCAUCUGCAAAAUUGAAAAAAUAAAGGCUGAUAAUCAGUAAUAGUCCUAUAAAAGGUGUUAACUGUUAGUCAGUAACUGAUUUGCUCUAACCUUAAGUUGAUUAUUUUUGUGAUUUAUUGACCUCUGUUGUAUUUACUCCAACAUUAUCUAGCCACUUUAAAUAUUGUUAAUCCUGCUGUACUCAUCACUGUAUACAUUAUUGUUCUCUGUUGCUGUUUUCCGCAUUCAUACUAGCAGACCAUCUCUGAAAAAACAAAAUGUUCGAAAAAAAAAUGGCUUUGAUCUUGAUAAAUUCUCCCCCUUUUCUUAGCUCGAUACAAGUUUUUGCGAAACAUUGGACCCUCCCAUUUGAGAGUUUAGCCUAAGCAAGUACACUUGUAUUCAUUUUGAUGUUUACUUUAGUGUUAUAAACCUACUUCUAAACAAGAAUCAUUACUUCUCCAUCUAAUCCUCCUGAUGCUUUUCAUUGCACAUUAGUGAUCAGAAAUAUGGUGUAUUCCCCUCAGUCCCCUGCCGCAAGUCUAAGUAGGUUACCUUGAUGUAAGUUGAUCGGAGUUUCUUCCUAACUCAUGGGUUGUUAAAGAAUGAACUACUGUUGGGUUUGAGUGAUUGUUGAUGGGUUGUGGUGUGAUGUAUUUCGAAGGAAAUUGAAUGCAACUUACAAUGCUUAAUAAAAGUCUUUAUUCUUUUAGAAUAA